AUGAGCGAACAUUCAUCUGGGGUAUCAAGAAAACUGUUUUGUAAUUCUGAUAAAUUAUUUUAUGACAAUUUUAGGAAUUUGGAUGAUCGUCUUAAUUUGAAUAAUAAUUUUAAUGAAAAUAGAUAUGAAGAAAUAUACAAUAAGAAAUAUUUAAGAAAUAAUCGGAGAUUUAAAACGGAGCCUCCGAAACAUUUAUAUGAGAAUGAAAGUGAGCAUGAGCAAUCUUAUUCUUCAUUUUUUCAUAACAUACUUAGAAGUAUAUCAAAGAAUAUAAGAAAUGAUGAAAAAGAGGAAUCCAGCGAUAAUAAUAAUGAUGAUGAUAAUAAUAAUAAUAAUAAUAAUAAUAAUCAAAGUGACACCAUUCCUAAUAAUUCUGAAAAUUUUAAUUAUGAUGAUAAUUCAUGCUGUGAAAUAAGCCCUUAUGAUGAAAUCUCCAAACAAACGAAAAGGGUUCAUAGCAAAAUACAUAAAAACAUAGAUGGAGAAUAUUACAAAAAUGUUUUAUAUAAUAACAACAAUUUAUCCAAGCAGAACCAAAUUAAUAAUGUAUGUUCAUCAAUAAAUAAAAACCAAAGAACAUUAAAGAGAAUAGAUACUAAUAUAAAUAAGACAUCAAAUAAUGUGAAAUAUAUAAGAAUUGUUAAUAGUGAUAUUAUAUCAGAUGUCUUUUUAAAAAAUAAUGUUAAAAGUUUAAUUGUUUAUGACACAGGUGGUAUAGAUAUUGAGCUGAUAGAAAAUGAAAAUCCAGAAUUUCUUUAUCAUACUUAUACAGGUAAUAGAAUAUCAAAUAUUUAUUAUGAAUAUGAUGAUUGUAUAAAAAAUAAAGACACAUAUAAAAAUGAGGAGAAAAAAAAAAAAAAAAAUAUAUUUAAUUCGUCCUUAUCAUAUAGAGAAAAUUAUAUAUUUAAAAAGGACUAUGAGUUAAAUUAUUCUUAUAAAACUAAAGAUGAUAAUGAAAAAAUAAAAAACAAUCCGUCAGAAAAAAAUCAAAUUAUGAAUUAUUCUAGUGAUAUAUGUAGUAACAGUGAUAUUAAUAAACUCUUUACAAAAAAUAAAAAACAAGAAAAUAUGAUAAAUAAAAAUAUAUAUUAUAAUAAUUCUAGUGAUUAUAAUAUUUUGAAUAAUGAAGUAAAUUAUAACAAAAGCAAUGUACACAAUACAAAUUUGUGUAAAGAUAAAUGUGAGCAUACAUAUAAAAAUGUUUCUAAUAAGUAUGAUAUACAAGAUCAUAAUACAAAUUCUUCUACAGAAAAAUAUUCUAAUAUGAACUAUAAAAGUUCUUUGUUAAAUAAAAAUGAUAAAUAUAUAGAAAAUACAUCAUCUGAACGUAAUAAAGGUUACCGUUCCUAUUCAUCUAUAUCUAGUAUUGUUUCUAUAAAUGCAUAUGAAAAAGAAAAUAGAAAAAAAUAUUAUUACAUAGGAGAGACAAUUAAUAAUAUAAGAAAUGGAUGGGGUAUGCUUAUAUAUAAUGAUAGAGUUAUAUUUGAAGGCGAGUAUAAAAUGAAUAACGCCAUAGGAUACUUUAUAAAAUAUAACGAAUAUUCGACAGAGAUAGGAUAUCGAAGUCCAAUAAGCGUAAAGUCUGUAAUUAUUAUGAGUGAUAAUGAUAAUUUCAUUGUACAAAAUAGAUCCGAAAAUUUGGAUACAUCAAAAAAGAAGAAGCACAAAAAUGGUAAUAAUAGUUGGAAUAUUUAUAAAUAUGAUAAUGAUGAUAGUGAUGAUAAUGAUGAUAGUGAUGAUAAUGAUGAUAGUGAUGAUAAUGAUGAUAGUGAUGAUAAUGAUGAUAGUGAUAAUAAUGAUGAUAGUGAUAAUAGUCAUCAUAGUGAUAAUAAUCAUCAUAGUGAUAAUAAUCAUCAUAGUGAUAAUAAUCAUCAUAGUGAUAAUAAUCAUCAUAGUGAUAAUAAUAAUGGUAGUGAUAAUAAUCAUCAUAGUAAUGAUAGUAGCGGGGAUAAUAUUAGAGAUAGUUUUUCUAAGAACAAUAUUAAAAAUAUUAGUAAGGAUAAUUACAAAAUUAAUAAUAAUGAAAACAUAAAUAAUUUGGAUAAAAAUGUACCUAUUUAUGAUAAUUCUUCUAAUUCUAUAAAUAACUGUUCUUACUAUAUAAAUUCAAAAUAUACAAUUAAUUCUUCAUCUAAUAAAGAUAAUAAAAUGACUUCAAAACAUAGUACCCAUAAAAAUAGGUUUUGUAUAAAUAAUGAUAUAAAGAAUAUAAAAUUCUCACAAAAUACUGAAGAAAAAGGAAAAGAAAUAAAAAAAUUUAAUAAUCUUUCUAGUUAUGUUAGAAGAAAUAGUAAACACAAAACAUCACCGGCACGAUCUAUAAAUUAUUUAAAACCACCUGUUAUGAAUUUAAUAAGAAAUAAUAUAUAUUUUAAUAGAAAUACCUUCGGUAAAAAUGAGAAGACAACCUUUUCUACAUCUAAUUUACAUAGUAGUAAUAAAAAAAUGAGAGAACAUAAAACGACCCAUUUUCUAAGCCCCAUGAAUAUUAUUGUAACAUCAUUAGAUACCGACGAUGAAGAUAAUAUUUCAGAUGAUAAUGGAAAAAAGGAUGUUAUAAGUAGUUGUACACAAUAUGAAGAGGAAUGGAAAAAACAUGAACAGAACAUAAAAACAGAUGAAAUGCAAUAUAUUGAAACAUAUAUGAAAAAUAAUGAUACUAGAGUUUUAUAUCAAUUAAAGAUUAACAAAAAUGAUGAUAUUUUGUCUAAUCAUAAAACUAAUGAGUCUAUUAUUGAAAAGAAGGAUUUUAAAAAAUAUCAAGAAAUAUAUGAUAAUCAUAAGGAUCAUCAAAAUAUAAUAAGAACAGUUUGUUCUAAAAAUGAUAACAAUAUAGAUAAUGUUAAAAAUAUGAAAAGUGUAGAUAUUUAUGAUACUAAUAAAAAAACAUAUAAUGAAAAUUAUAUGAACAAUUUAGAUAAUACUAAUAAUUUUGAUGAACCAACUAAUAAUACAUUUGAAAAAUAUGUUAUAAAAAAUGAAGGAGAAGAAUUAAUAUUUAAUGAUGAUCAAAAUAAAUUACAUAUUGAUACAUUUGAAAAAUACAAAUAUCUCAUUUGUGAAAAUAUUAAUAAUGACAAAUUUGUUAUAAAAAAUAAUCAAAUUACAACAUUUGAAAAGUUUUUCAAAAACCAACAAAAUUUUGAAAUAAAUAAUAAGUGGAGAGACGUUCUUAAUAAAAUUAAAACUGAGAAUAAUAGUAUGAGACAAUUAAUGCAACCUAAAAUAAAUAAUUAUAAUUUAUGUAAAUAUGUAUGUAGUAAUAAUAUGGAGCAAAUAAAAAAAGGGAGUUUAUGGAAUAAUACACGAUUGAUGGGUGAUAUUAUAAAAACAAAGAGGGAAAACAAUGAUAUAUUAAAUAAGGAUAUAUUAAAUAAGGAUAUAUUAAAUAAGGAUAUAUUAAAUAAUGAUUCAUUAAAUAAUGAUUCAUUAAAUAACGAUUCAUUAAAUAACGAUUCAUUAAAUAACGAUUCAUUAAAUAAUUAUAUACCAAAUAGUGAUGUAUCUUACAAUGUUCAUAAUAUUUCAUCGGAAUAUUUAAAUAAUAAUGAUAAGGAAAAUAUAAAAUUUUGUAAGUGGGGUCGAAAUAUAUUUGCUAGAAGAUUAAGAGGAGCUACAUUUCCAGAAACGCAUGAUGAUAGACAAAAACAUUGUUUUUUAUUUAUUGAUGAUUAUUUAACUUCUAAUGAAAAUAAGUUUGAUAUUAUAAAUCAGAAUGUAAAAUUAAGAGCUUCAGAUUAUAAUAAAUGGUCUGUUAAUAUGUUAUAUAAUUUUCUUAAAAUGAUUGGAUUGAAAAAAGAAGCUUACUUAUUUAAAAUUAAUAAAAUUAGAGGAUAUCAUAUAUUAAAAUUAACUGAUAAGGAAUUGAAAAAAUUAAAUAUAAAUAAUAGUUAUGUUCGAAAAUUUGUUCUUUCUGUUUUUAGAUUCUUAACAAAUUCAUUAGAUAACGCAGAUCCUUUAUCAUUAAAUUAUAAUUCGAAUAAGAAAUUUUCAUUUAAUAAUAUAGAAAAUAUAUGUAAUACUCAUAUAACUAUUUUAAAUAAAAUUGGAGGAGGUAGCUAUGCUCAAGUAUUCCGUGCAAAAUAUAAAACCAUCCAUGUAGCUUGUAAAAUUUUCUUAUAUAAACCUAAAUAUUUAGCUGAAGAAAGUUAUUGUGAAAGUUAUAUAUCAACACCACGUUCUAGUCAUAGAUAUAUAUUUCCAAAAAUUAAUAAGAAUCUAAAUGUAGAUGAUUAUAAAAAUACAGAUAUGAACAAUGAAAAACCAAAAGAUCAAAAUAUUUUUACGGAUAAUUUCCAUAUGGAUGAAUCCAGUUCUAUGCAACAUGUAUUACAUGUAGACGAUAUUAAUUAUAUUGAACAAGAAGAUAACAUCGAAAAUAAUACUAAAUAUAAAAAUAACAAAAAUAAUAAUGAUAUAAAUAAUUCUUCAGAUACUUUACAAAGAAAUAAGAAAAUUAAAAAAAUGGCCAACUUGGAAAUAUUUCGUUAUUUUCCAACACCAGUAAAAUAUCGUAAUUAUGAAGCCAAAAUUUUAUAUUCCUUAAGAGAAUGUAAAUAUGUUAUAAAAUUAAUAGGUGUUUGUAGUUUAAGAGAAGGAGAAGAAUCUUUAAUACUUCAACAUUGUCCAGGUGGUAGUUUAGAAAAAUAUAUAUAUAAAGAUGAAAAAAAAAAAAAUUCUCCUUAUGCUAAAUCUUUAACAAGACCCAAACUUGUUAAAAUUUUUCAACAAGUAGCUGAAGGAAUGUAUAAUAUUCAUACUAAUCAAUGUUUCCAUAGGGAUUUAAAAUUAUCAAAUAUAUUAUUAGAUGAAAAUCAAAAUGCAGUCAUAUCCGAUUUUGGCUUAUCUACAAAUUUUUCAUCAAAUGAUAGUCCAACAGCAUAUGCUAUUUAUGGAAAUAUAUUUUAUGCAGCACCAGAAGUUUUAAAAGGAGAAGGUUUUUUCAAAGAAUCAGAUGUAUGGUCAUUUGCUGUAAGUUUAUGGGAAGCAUUAACGAAAAAAAUUGCAUAUGAUGGAAUAUCAGCAUCAGAAGUCUUUUGUAAAAUAUCAUCAGGUGAAUUAUUUUUACCUAUUCCAAAAGAUAUUCCUAUGGAAUUAUCUGAACUUUUAAAAAGUAUGUUAGAAUAUGAUUUUACAAAAAGACCGCUUUUUAAUGUUAUAGCAAAAAAAUUAGAACAAAUAAGAAUUCAAGCUGAGGAUAAAUUACAUUUGGAUAUUAUGUCCUUUUUUGAUGGCUAA